AGGCCCUGGUGGUUUCUCAGAAUAUAUACUUUACAGAAAAUCGUGGGAAUCAAAAGGAUUUGGAUUCACUUUACGAGGACCUAAUGACUUUAAGCUCGAUAAAUUUUUUGCAGGAUCGCCAGAAUCAUUCGAUACCUUUUAUGGAAUAAGAAAAGAUGGAAAUAUAUUCUUUAAAGACAAUCAAGAUUCUUUCGCUGGAUACGUUUUGAAGCAUUGUAGAACUGGUGUUCAUUUUGUGAUGGCGGAUGGCGGAUUCUCAGUCGAAGGGCAAGAAAAUAUUCAGGAAAUACUUUCCAAGCAAUUAUAUCUCUGCCAGUGCCUAAUGGUAUUAAAAAUUCUUCGAGAAAAUGGUAGUUUUUUGUGCAAGAUGUUUGAUUUGUUCACUCCAUUUAGUGUAGGUCUUGUAUAUUUGAUGUAUAAAUGUUUUGAUCGGAUAUCUAUUUUGAAGCCCAAUAGCAGUAGACCAGCAAAUUCAGAGAGAUAUUUAGUUUGUAAAUGGAAGAAAGCAAAAAUCGAAUCCGUUUGUAAAUAUUUGGAUCACGUGAAUGAUAUCUUUAAUGAGGCUAAAGAAGAUGUUUUAGAAAUUGUCAACCGAGACGACAUUAUGAGAGACAAAAAUUUUCUAAAUUUAAUUGUCAGUAGUAAUAAUGAAAUUGGAAAAAACCAAAUUAUAGGUCUGAAAAAGAUAGCGGUAUAUUGUAGAAACACACAACUGAGGGAAACAAAGCAAUCAGAAAUCCGUAAGCGAUGUCUUGAGUUGUGGGGUCUUCCAGAUAAACUUAGACAAGCACCAGAGUCCAAGUCUUCCGAAAAGCUCCUUGAGGAGAUUCUAGGAGAUUGGAACGAUAAACUUCUAUUUAAUUCUUUGCCCACUGAACUGUAUGGUGUCGAAUACCUGCAAAACAGUAUAAACAGCAUUUACGACUGGUAUUUUGUUCCAAUUGGUAGAGGUGAAACUAAUAUUAAUACUUGCAGUAUGUUUUUAUGUAAGUCUAAAGGCUGUUUACUUCGAUAUACUGAUAGUAAGAAAUGGGAACCUGUGGAGUACAUUUUUGAAGUAUCUCCUAGAUCUAUUUUUUAUGGAGAAAUUGUGUACGAAUAUACUGGUGAGGGUAGAACACAAACGCGCAUCUGUGCUCUACAUAUAAUAGAUGCUAUCAUACUAGGUGGAACAGACGUAAGGCGUUUAAAACUUUCUGAACGUCUUCGAUUAUGUCAAAAGUAUGCUCUUAGUGUUAAUAAACCAUACAAAGAAGGAAAUUCGGGUCACAUUCGAAGUAAAUGUUUAUAUAAGUUGCGAGAUUUAACUUCUUUUUUUAACGAUAUGAAUUCGCAUGUGCUGAAAGAUAACUCAACACGCCUUGGGCUGUCUUUGUUUCCCGAAAACAAAUUUUUUGUUCCAGGUGGUAUUUUAUUAUUAUGCGAGAUCUGUCACAACUUUUUCUCAAGUGUAUCUAACUCAACACAAAGAUUAUAUUAUUUCGAUAAGAGAACAAAAACAUCUUAUUAUAAGGAUUGUAUGCCAAACGAUAUACAAAAGAUUUUAUAUGCUUCAUUUAGAAAUAGUUUUCAAAGAAGAUUACUGUGGAAGUGGACAAAUUUGAUGCAGGUUGAAAAACAAAGUAAGCAUCGAGAAAAAAAUUUACUCUAUCGAGAAGACUUCGAAACUUUUAUAAGCACUAAAUAAAAAAUUAACAAAAAAAAACGAUCAACUGUUUAUUUUUUCUUAUUAAGGUUCGUUUAAAUAACAGAGAAAAAUUUCAAGAUUUUGGCUUAGGGCGACAACCAAAUAAUGUCCAGACGUAAACGGACGCAGAGUGUGUGAGUAAUUCAUUGAAAUUAAUUGAUUUUUUGACAGGUGGCAAACCAUCUCAUGUUCCAUAUCCAUAUUGUUAAAAUUAAUUAAACCUAUCAUAUACAUUGAAUUUAAUUUUUAAUCAAGGGGCAGCCCUGUUGAAAAUAGUUUCAAACUAUAAUUUUAUUAAACUUUGAAAGUCUGACACCAAUAUUGUUAUACAUAUUUCAGUUACCUAAUUCCCUUG